AUGUAUACAAAUUUGAAGUACGAGAAUCUGACGCAAAUAGUGGACAGUAAAUACCCAAAUGUGGUGAAGUCAGAGAUGAAGAACGAGUUUGGGAAGCUCAAGAUGAUCAGAAACGUCGAGUUGGAGGAGGUGGCUGAUAUGUUGAAGUUCUUCUGUGAUACGUCUCAUAGAAACUGGCCACUUAAGGACAUUCUUGAUGCCACACGUGAGAUAUUCGCAGGAAUAAACUGGCGAACUGUCUACGAUUACGCUACAGAAGGAAACAAGAAGCUUGCGAACGUGAAUUACCUGAAGACACUCGUUGAUUGCUGGGAGACUACCAGCAGUAGCACCACAAUUCCAUUUGACAUAUUCUUCACCAAAGCAGGCAGUCUCAGCCAGAGCAACGCAGGCAACUUCUACAAAAUUGUUGUAGAAAACUCAACUGGAAACAUCAACCUGUCUGGCAACAUCUUCCUGACCAAACUGAUAUCCAAAGACGAGUUCAAGAUCAAGCACAAGAAGACAGUUGAGUUUGAUUGCAAUGCAAACUGCCUUGAAUUACACGCAAACAUAAAGAGCCAGAGGGAACUGGUGGAGUUGCUGAGGGUGAAACACCCUGAAUACCUGCUUCUUGGAAUAUUUUCAGUCGUAAGUCCCCAGGCAUUUUACGAUGGUAGGAAAACAGAUGAAGACGAUGCAUUUCUGAUUGAGACGGGGCUGUCUCUUCUGAAGACGUUCUUUGAGGGAACUACCAACCACUUCAUCAUUUACAUCAUUUUUGAGAGGUACAAGGAGCACAUUCUCUUUCUGCUAGAGAAGAUUGAUCUGAAUCUGACGAAGACACUUGAUAUUCUGCUGGAGCACAAGAAGCUGAAUCUGGUGACGAAUACAAUGAUGCCAUACGAGUUCUGCUACGAUCUGAUCAUUUUGUGUAGUAGGAGAGAUCACCUGAAUUUGGAAUAUUGGACAAUCAACAACAUCAAGAACUACAACAAAUUUGUUGAAUAUUUCUACCAGAGGGUGAUGAAGACAGGAAAGGACAAGCUGUUUCCAUUCAACAAGGCGACAAUUCACACGAUCACGAAAGCAAUUGAUUCGAGUGAUGCUGGUCGCAUGGAGUUGAAUGAGGCGAAUAAGGCGAAAUUGGAUCAGAUCAGGACACUGGCAGUUGAUGGGGUGCAAACAGCAGAUCGUGCCACCCUCUUUCUCUCUGAAAUCAUCCAAUCGAACAUGAAGGUGGAGGCAACCACGAACAAGCUGGAACAGCUGAUCAAAUCAGAAGACGCCUCAAUGGGCAAAAAUGUGUUUAAUCUGCUGAUUGAGAACUACAGUGGUCUAUUCAAACUGGCCAAUUCAGAAAUGAUAGCAAGUUUCUUUGGAGAGCUCAUCAGAAAGAAGAUUGGGCAGUAUGCGUUCAUUAAGACGGCUAUUGGGAUGCUAAAGAAGUCACUGAUGUCACCAAGUUGUGACAGGGAGUACACAUUUGCAUUCAAAGUCAUCGAGGUGUUCUAUGGGAAUGAUCCAGAAAUAUUUGCUGAUCUCGAAUCACUGGAGAACGUGAAGAGUGGGCUGAUCAAGAAGGAUCUGAUCAUCGUGGACGAGGAGCCAGAGGAGAUUGUUGAAUUGGAGAAGAUCAUCGAGAGCAUCACCAAGGCGGAAUUGAAGCAGAUGAACAUUGAUCGGAUUGUAGAGCACAUGCGUAAGGAAGUGAUGACAUUCAACAAAAUCAUUUACACGAGCAGGAAUUGCGUAGCAGCUGAGAAUGUCAGGGUGUGUUCGUUGUAUGCCAGAAAUGUGAUACUGGCAGCCAUCUUCAGCGUAUUGGCCAAGGAGAGCAGCCUGGUUGUUGAAUUCGUCCAAUGCCAGAACGAGGACUUCUUUGACGCCUUCACGGCCAGUGCAUUUGAAAUGGUUACCAGAAUGGGACUGAUUUCAUUCUCAGAUGACGUAACAUAUUCGUGUAACCUUGGUGACGUAUUAGGAAGGCUGAUUCUGGCCAGAAACAGGCUGCUUCUCUUCGACCGAUUCGACGCCAAGAACUACAUUCUGCGAUCAAUCGAAUACAGGCGCAUUUCAACGAGCAUCGGUUUCAUCAGCAAAUUCAUCCAACAGGGCAAAGAGGGCCUUGUCUACCAGCCCAACAACCCGUGGGUCAUUGGCGUCCUGGAGCUGCUGAAUGAGCUCUAUUUCUGCACAUUGAAGGGAGUCAGGGGGAACAUACGCGAGACAUUCAGUCGAUUUGGACUGGAGUUGGAGAGUGGCAGAGCCAAACAGCUCAAAAUGAACCUGGUCAACUACAACUUUGGUGCACUGGGGGAGUUGGAUGGAGCAGCUGAUUUAAGGACCCUGAAAAAAGUUGUUUCAACGGCUUUGAACUUCUCAACCCGUGAAACAGCCACAAAAGUGCUGAAAAGUGGAAUAGCAGUCACCUUUGAAAUAGCGAAAUCGAUGUAUGCGACCGUGUGCUACGAGGAGAGAACGGCUGGAAACGAGCAGGGUCUUUUCACGAACAUCGUGAUCAACACGCUCAAGGCGAUGCUGUAUCUGACGACAUUUGAGGUGCUGAAGAAUGCGAUGUACUCGAAUCUGCUCCACUUUUUCAAGCUGUCCCUGAACACGCUUCCUGAGGACGUGGCCAUGAAACUGAUCAACGACAACAUCGACAUGUGCACUGAGCUGAUUGAGAAGGUGGCCAUCACCCGCGCUGGUGAGCAGGCUGAGCGUGAAUUUGCUGAAUUCAGCGGCAGCCUGAAGAAGAGCGACUCAUUCACCCUCAGAAUCAGGCGAUUUCUUGAUUCGGCGGCAGACAGCGAGGGCUUCCAACUGCUGAACAGCCAGAAGAGUGAGACUGGGAAGAUUGCUGCUCUAACGAAUCCGAUUCAGUUUCAGGAGAAGAAGUCCCUUCGUAAAAUUGAGAACAACGAGUACCAGGAGAUCAAAAGCCACCUGAUUCAACUUGGGCGCAAAAUUCCACUGAAGAAAACCAACUACAUUUUUGAGGAGUUUCCGGCCCUGCUUGGGCCUGAGAAGCACGCGAACUUCAAGCGGCUCUUCCACUACAUCGAGACGAAGUCGCCUACGAGGGACGAGGACUGUGUGAACCUGUCGAAGUAUCUCGUGGGCCAGGCCAUCAAGACUGAUUGUGCCGAUGAAUUCGUCUUUGAAUUCCUGUACAAGAUAUUCAUCAUCUCGAACAAGACGAAGAAGGAGACCGUGAACUGGCUGAUCUACGCAGACGAUGAGUCGCGUAACACCCGUCUCGUCACCAAAUUCAUCCAGUACAACUUCAUCUUCAUCGAGGAGUACGAUCAGGCCCUGUCCAAAUUCAUCCAAAAAGAGAAGGGCACCGAGUACCUGACAUUCUCGUUGCACCUGCUGGAUCAGAUUCUGUUUGGGCCAAAGGUGCUUUGUUCGAUCUACAACUUCAUCUACACCAUCGAGGCAAUCAGCAAGAAGGCAGACUACCACACGGAGUGUCUCGAGUUUCUGAAGAAGAUCGAGGUCGCAAUGCUCGACUUCAACGUGACGGAAGACCGAAACAUCUUCGACGACUUCGUGAACCAGCUCGGCUUCCUUCAGUCUACGACCGACCUGUACGCCAAGUUCAGGGAGGCGUACAGGACGGAGCCACUCAACUUCAACGCGGCAUUCAAAAGCAGCUGGAACCACUUCGUCCUCUACUCCGGCAACUACCGCUACUUCAAGAUCGACAUUCUGGCACUUCUGGUGAACAAGGGCGGCCUGAAGCACAUCCACCAGUCACUUGAGUUUCUGAUUCAGGCGUACAGGAAGAACAUGCCCCUGUUCAACAUGUUCUACUGCCGCUUUCUGACGAAGUGGCUUGAGACAAUUCCAGUUGAGGACACCAGGGGAGUCAGGGUCGUUGUAUUCAAAAUACUCGAAAUAAUUUGCCCCACAAAUUAUCCAGGAUUCGGGGCCCAGUUCAUCGAGGUCGUGAGCCAGCCGUUCUUCGACAGCUGCGCAGACAACGAGUCGAUGUGGAUCGCAUGCGAGCUGUUUGAGACACUUCGCCACUGCGAGAAGUACGAGAAGAUGCUCUACGACUAUUUCGUGACUAAGGAGAUGUUUGUGAAGAAGUAUUCGGUGCAACUCAUUCAGAGUGUGCCAGCCUACUGCGUGCGACUCAAGAACCUCUUUGGUGGAUUCAUCAAGGGAAACACGGCAUUGGGGACUGACGUGAAUGUGACUGGGCUCAGGUCAGUCGACUUCUGUGGAAUUCACAUGGAUUCAUUUCGUGCCAAUCUCAAGGCAAAUCCAUCCAAGAUGUGUCUGUACGUUUUGUGCAGAUAUCACAGCACAAAUCCACCAGAUUCAGUCAAAAGGGCCUAUGAGGAGAUCAGCAAGAGCCACAAGCAGGUUGUGAAUGAGUACGAGGAGAAAUAUUUCAAGUAA